AUGGUCACAGCUUUGCAAGAAGUCGGCAACGGAAUAGAGCCUACUACUACGGUGGGCGAAACCCCUGGCUGGUGUUCAGAAAUUCUCAGCUUUCUGACAGGUCCCACCGUCCACAAAUUCCAAAAUGCAAUGUGAUGCGCUUGCAAGCCAUGGGAGGUGGCGAUUUCUUGGAUCAAUCUUUAACCUUGGCGCGGAUGAUGUCAAGAGCGGCAAGGGCAGUCGUUCACGGGUGGUGCAAAGCAACACGCAAACGCGAGCCCUCGAGUGUGCAACAGUUGCGAGCCAAGGAUUCAGACUGGGCGCGGACACUUAG